CUGAGGCUCGUGUUCUAAACGAAGACAUGAAGAUCCUAAUAUCUUCAUUCUUACAAGUAUCUCUGCUCACAAGCUAUCGAACACACCUCUCAGAGCCAUCUUGAUGUCCAUUUCAGCUACUCAGUGGGGUUCCCCUAGCGCAUCUAAGCGGGCUCUGCUCCUUCAUGGCUUGACUAUGUGUUCAAGUUCAUGGGAGGGCCUCGCUCAGCUAUUAACUGCAGAAGGGUUCUUCGUUGUAGCGCCGAAUCUACUCGGGCAUGCAUGGAGAGGGGGCAGCGACUUUCGUAUGUCCGCCUAUGCAAAAGACCUCCUACCGUAUUUCGCCAAUGAUACCUCCUAUGACGUAAUUAUGGGACAUUCUCUUGGAGGCCCAGUGGCAUUAGAGCUCCUUCCAUUUUUGCCCACAAAGAAGGAAACCACCAUCAUACUCGUCGACCCCGCCCUCGAUUUCAAUGAGACGCAGGCCGAUACGGCGAUACAAUAUCUCUCGCAAGAGACUACGACUGUUAGAACCGCAGAGGAACACAUGGCUGAGAACCAUGCUUGGUCACGAAAUGACAGCAUGUUGAGGGUUCUGGGAGCCGGCAUGUGCAAUCGCACUGUUGUCGAGCAAACAGUCCAGCAAAAUAUGCCAUGGUGUUUCGGUGGCCUGUUUAAAAACAUCCCCGCGAACGUGAAGAUCACCAUUCUGAUAUCAGAUCCAAAGGAAGUCUCAUCUUGUGAUUUGGAGAAACUCCCUCGCGAUGUGGAGGGAAUAAAAAUCAGGAUCUUUGCUAAUACGGGCAUCGGUCAUUGGAUGCAAUACGAGUGUCCGGAAAUUAUCAUGGAAGAAGUUCCGCUGGAGGGCAAGCCAGCUCGAACCUUGGAGGAUCAGCGACAAAAGGCGUCACGCUCGCAGCAGAAAAUGAUGGCUCAUAUGUAGGAUAGGGAUAAAUAGGAUGAAGUCUGUAUCGCGCACAAAACGAAAGUCGAUCUGUGAUCCGACAAGGCAGAGGGAUACCGAAAGAAUGAAAAACUGGUCUUGCCUCGCGGAAGUUCUGCAAAAUGAUGGGACUUCACCUGGAAAUCAUGCUAAACACCAACAACCAGAUAUAUACGGAAAGCGAGAGGAUCCAGCCUGAUCAACGAGACUAGUGUGAUUGUCGAUCAAUGCCGAAGCUGAUCAUUCCCACUUCUCAUCACAGAUUGAACCACAAUCAAUGAA